AGGCCCAAGAAGGCGUUGGUCACAAUGAAGUCUAUCAAGGCGCUGCCUAUGUUGCUUUUGUACCUUACGUUUUCUGGCGUCAAUUCUUCACUUCCAGACUCAGUGUGUAAAUCAACCCUGUGGAACGGUAUAACGGAAACCAUGAUCAAAAGUUCCAAUGCAUUAGCAAGAAGUCUUGUAAAUGCCAGAAUUGAUUGCUGUGCAAGUGAAAAAGAAAAAGGUGGAUGGUGUGGUAAUUCACACUCCACGGAUAACUGGAUAGAGGUGGAUUUCGAUCAAGGUGUAGGAAUACGUGGACUGGUCAUUCAGAAACCAGAAGAUGUCCACGCGGGUUAUGUAACGUCAGUAUCUUUACAAUUUAUGUUGAAGGGGUCAACGUCUUGGCAGUAUGUAUCUUCUGAUCCAAUUCAGCCACAGCCUAUUGAUGCUCUCAAAGACAACAACACAGUUUCUACAACCAUUACAAUAAAUCCAGGUCUUGUUGUGACCAAAUUCAGAAUCAACAUCCUCCAUUACCAGAAAAGUCCGUGUCUAAGAUUUGACCUUUUAGGAUGCAACAAUUAUGAAGCUCUGUGUCCCAACACCUGUCUGAAUGGAGGCCAGUGUCUGGCUGAAAACACGUGUGCAUGCCCAAACAACUACAAUGGAGCAAGAUGCGAAAACCUGAAAUAUUUUACAGUGUGCAGUACUGCCCUUGGUUUGGCUAGCGGGGCCAUUACAGAUAGUAUGAUAUCUGUGUCAUCGUCAGCAGCGGGGAAAACAAAAGACAAGGUCCGAUACAACUGCUGUUCAGGAGAAGAGAAUGGAGCAUGGUGUCCAGCGUCCAGUGACCAUCAGCCUUGGCUUGAAGUCAGACUUCCUAAACCUAUGGCCGUGUCUGGUUUGAAUUUUCGUCACCCCAGUCAGAAAGAUUCGCAUACAUUCCCCAGCAUGUACAUGGAGACUUUUGAACUGAAAUUCAUAUCUGCGAUGGAUCCCAUCAAGGAAUGGCGUAGCUUUCAUGAGCACAUACCCUCAAUUUACAACUCAACGUUAUACUACAAUAUCGGAUUGAAUCCAUACAUUGUCACAGAUGCCAUUAGAAUUUAUUCAGAAACAUACUAUACAGCAGCUUGUUUUAGAAUGGAGGUUGUUGGAUGCGAUCCAGCAGGUCUUUGUAGUAGAUAUUUCUGUAAGAACGGGGGGACAUGUAUUGGUGUUAAUGGUUGCAAAUGUCCUCCUGGAUUCUAUGGGAACAGCUGUGAUAAACAAACUUCAAAUAUGGUACACCUUAAUUUGGGACUUACACAAAUCAUACAGAAUGUUAUUCACACAAGCCUGCACACUACGUUUAACAUUCAUGGAACUGCAACCCUUGUAAACAGUGUUAUUGGAAAGGCGAUAAACCUGACAGGGAACAGUUAUAUAACAGUCAACAACACGGGAUUUAACGCCUGUCUUAAGGACAUUGACACGUGUUCGUCUGGUUUUACUCUUGCCAUUAACGUGAAUCUUCAUCAACUCACUGAUAACACAUACAUUGUAUCCAGUGGCGGAGACCUUCAGAAUCACAAGGGGAUAGCUCUCUUCUACCAAAAUAAUAAACUACAUUUUGUCGUUACAACAACAUCUAAACAGUGGAUCGUAUCGGUAGCAAAUACCUUGACCUUGAAUGUCUGGCACAAAAUUGAGCUCUCCUGGAGCCAGACAUCCGGGUCUUUACUUGUCAUUGAUAAUAACCUAGCUGGUUCUGUAAGCCAACCCCAACCAACAGUGGCUCAUCAGGUCAUGCCGCUUACAAUAGGAUACGGCUAUCAUCAUCAGGUGUCCAUCUCUAUGACCGUCAGUGGAGUGCAAUCUUUUGAUUCUCAUAGGGAAAACCUAGUGAUUAAUGGAUUAGUUACUGCUCCUACAUCAACCAAGGCUCAACAAACAACAUCCACUGCUAAUCCUACAACGAAAACAGAUAAGACAAGUAAGAACCUUGGUAUGAGUAAUGACUGAAACUUAAAUUUUUCACCAUCUAUGAUAUUUAGUGCCUAAAACGUCUAUACAUCCAAAACAAACGCACAUUCACAUUUUUAUGUUACAGCAUUUCUGUCUACAUUGACAACCCAAGCUGCUGGAAACAUGGUCGGCUCUACAGGUAAAACAUUUUCAUAUACUAAAGAUUCCUCU